AUGGAAACAGUGAUCCGGAUUGAUAAUUCAGUGAGAGUGGUGGAAAAUGGAGCUUAUUUGACAUGGAAGGAUCUUUGGGUGACAGUUCCACACGAAAAGAAUACCACCAAACCCAUUCUUAAAGGUCUAACAGGUUUUGCCAUGCCUGGGAAGCUCUUGGCGAUCAUGGGUCCUUCAGGCUGCGGCAAAUCCACCCUCCUUGAUGCUUUAGGAGGGAGAUUACGUUCAAAGAUGAGACAAAGUGGGAAGAUUCUAAUAAAUGGACGCAAGGAGACUUUGGCUUAUGGUACAUCGGCAUAUGUAACACAAGAAGAAAAUCUAAUGAGAACUUUAACGGUAAUUGAAGCCGUCUACUACUCAGCUCAACUCCAACUACCGGAUUCAAUGUCGAAAUUGGAGAAGAAGGAGAGAGCAGAAAUGACAAUAAGAGAAAUGGGUUUGCAAGACGCCAUGAACACUAGGAUUGGAGGUUUGAGAGAUAAAGGGCUUAGCAAUGGGGAAAAGAGGAGAGUUAGCAUUUGCAUUGAAAUCUUAACACGUCCAAAGCUUCUCUUCCUUGAUGAACCGACUAGUGGGCUUGACAGUGCAGCUUCUUACUAUGUGAUGAGAAGAAUUGCUUGUCUGGAUCAAAAGGAAGGAAAAAGAAUGACUAUAAUUUCAUCCAUCCAUCAACCUAGUACUGAAGUCUUUCAACUUUUCCACGAUCUUUGUCUUCUUUCUUAUGGUAAAACUAUAUAUUUUGGACCGGCUUCUUUAGCAAAUAAGUUUUUUAGUUCAAGUGGUUUUCCAUGCCCGACUCUCCAAAAUCCUUCUGACCACUUCCUGAAAACCAUAAACAAGGAUUUUGAACAGUAUAUUGACAAGGAAGGUUUAGCUGGAGCAAUUUCCACAGAAGAAGCAAUUAAUUCCCUUAUAAAGUCCUAUAAAGCAUCUGGAAUUUACAACAAAGUACGGAGACAAGUAGCUAAAAUUUGUAAACAGGAUUGUGGAGCACUGGAGAAGAAGAAAAACCAUGCAACUUUCGUUACCCAAUCAAUUGUUUUGACAAAAAGAUCUUUCGUAAAUAUGUAUCGUGAUCCAGGCUACUACUGGUUGCGCCUGGCUAUCUACCUCAUUUUGGCUUUUGGGCUUGGCACUAUCUAUUACAAUAUUAGCUUUGCUUUUGAAUCGAUUCAGGAAAGGCGAUCUCUGCUCACCUUUAUUGCUUCUUUCCUAACUUUCAUGUCUAUUGGUGGAUUCCCUUCUUUUGUGGAAGAAAUGAAGGUGUUUGAGAGAGAAAGAUUAAAUGGUCACUAUGGAGCUGCUGCAUUUGUGAUGGGCAACACAGUCUCCGCCUUUCCCUAUUUGAUAAUUAUUUCAGUGCUUCCUGGAGCUGUAUGUUAUUAUCUUCCAGGACUUAGAGAAGGCUACCAAUACUUCUUAUACUUUGCCAUUGUGAUAUUUGCUUGCAUGAUGUUGGUUGAGAGCCUAAUGAUGAUUAUUGCAAGUCUUGUGCCCAAUUUUCUUAUGGGAAUAAUAAUAGGAGCUGGAGUUCAAGGUCUUAUGAUUCUAAGUAGUGGGUUUUUCCAAUUGCCGAAUGAUCUUCCCAAUAUUUUUUGGAAAUACCCUUUAUUCUAUAUUGCUUUCCACAAGUAUGCCUACCAAGGAAUGUUCAAAAAUGAGUUUGACGGUGUAUUAGUCCCCGGCUAUGAAGUUGGAGCCCCACCCACCAUAAGUGGAGAUGAAAUUUUAUUGGAUUUAUGGCAAGUAGAAAAGGGUUAUUCCAAGUGGGUUGAUCUUGCUAUUUUGUUUGGAAUGGUAGUUUUAUAUCGAAUUUUGUUCUUGCUGAUCAUUAAGUUCAACGAGAAAGGCAAGGCUAUAACAAAAUAUUUAUGUCGAUAUUUGAAAGUACGAAAAUAGAAAUUUGCAACACCUUUGAGUUUGUAUAAGGUCCCUUUAGAAAAUUACUAUUAACUACCUCUGGAAGAGUCCAAAUUGAGCUCUCUUUUUUCUUUUUUUUGUGAGAAACUAGCUCUGGAUUUAUGGCUUUGU